CUUAUUACCAAACCAUAAGUAACGAAGGCUCCAGUUUUAUUAAUAGUAAAUACAUAUUUUAACAGCAUAUGCUGCAAGUUAAUUUCAGAAACUCUUAACCAUUUUUUAUUUUUUACUGUGUCUCAAUGAAAUUUAUGAAAAUUAGUUUAUGAACGAGGUCAACCAACAUGUGAUAAAUAGAAAAGUAACCUAACAUCUGAAUGGCCUAAAUUCCUGUUAUAGGUCAAAAUUAAGUAAUUUCUUCAAUGGUUUUUAUACAUUUUCGGACAAAAUUUGGUCAAAAUAUCUAUUUUAGUGUUUUCGUAAUAUGACAGAUAGUGAUGUAGAGCUUAUCGAAACUCUUCCUGACGAAAUAUUAGAAUCUGUCUUCAGGUGCCUACCUUUGGAAGAGGUGAAGACCAAGUUAGCAGUCGUCUGUAAGAGAUGGUACGAGGUUUCCAAAAGUUGUUCUCUGCUCAGGAACCUUCAAUUCGGUCCGUUCAUAACAACAGAAACAGCAGUACAGGUGUUACGGCAGGCUCCCUUGCUCCACAGCCUCAAGUUGCUGUCACGCGCUGACAUUAACGAACUGCUGAACGAGGUGGCAAUCUGGAAUACGAAGCUCGAGAGGUUGAAGGUGUACGCAAGUAAGGAUGCCAGGUACACAGAGGUCGAAGGCCCGGUGCUCGUAUCCUGUGUCCAAUCACUCAGGAAUCUCAAAGACCUGACGCUGAAAAGGGUAACUUUCGACAACCCUGACUAUGUCUUCAAGGAGCUGGGACCAGCCACCAGUAAACUGGAGGCCCUCAACCUCAACCAUAGCAUCCAGUUGGACACUGAAGGCCUCUUCAGUCUGGUCCAAGGGCUGCCCAAGCUGAAGGAGCUUCGUAUCUAUUGCAUCUCUUUCAAUAGGAUUGGUAUCAGAUACUGGUCUGUUUCACCUUGGCUCAGGUCAGUGACUCCCUACACAGACCCUCCGGUGGACGACCUAAUCAGGAAGAUGGACACUCUGCACAUCCUCAAGCUCAACAUGCUUGGUAUCACUGGAGCUAUCUUCCAGGCCCUCGCUACGCUUCCGAACCUGAGGGUACUCCAUCUCUAUAGGAUGGUGAUGGUUCAAGACGAAUCCAUGUCUCAGUUAGCCAGGCUGAAGAGGCUGGAGAAGCUGGUGGUCACGAUACCGCGCACGAUCACGUCGCAGUGCUGGUCGGAGGUCCUCGGGUCCUCGAGUAUGGUGCACCUGACCCACGUGGUGGUGUCCAACAGCUACUCGGUGGACGACCUGGUCUUGCGGACGAUCGCAGACAACUGCCCUGUCAUGAUGGAGCUGGGUUUUCCCGGCUGCCGCGGCAUCACGGACGCCGGAGUGGCUGCCGUUAUCAUCAAGUGCACCCGUCUCACCAAGAUUAACCUCUUCUCGACCAAGUCGGUCAUCUCCGAGGCCUUCCGCCUCCUACCGGUCUUUCUGCCCAACCUGGAAGAACUCAUCUUCAGGGCCGUCGACAGGACUGACACAGGCUUUCCCGAAGAGGUCAGGUUGAUGCCGAACCUAAGACUGAUGACAAUGUACAGAUACCCUUGAGGGAAGGUUCGGUAAGUCUGUGAGAGAUGGAAUAUGUUUGUAAUCGAAAUUUUAAAUAUACUUGUCUUCUUUCAAAGAAGUUUUUAUGCUAUAAUUUAAGCUUAAUUGAAU